GCGGGGCCGGUUCUGUCAGGCGCGGCCGGGGCAGCCCCGGGGACCUUGCGCGGUCCCGGCGCUCCGGCGGCGGCAGCGGCGCUGUCGCGAUAGAGAGAGCGGCCCGGGCCCGGUGUUCGUCACCCGGCGGGGCUGUCGCGAUAGAGAGAGCGGCCCGGGCCCGGUGUUCGUCACGCGGCGGGGCUGUCGCGAUAGAAAGAGCGGCCCGGGCCCUGUGUUCGUCACCCGGCGGGGCUGUCGCGAUAGAGAGAGCGGCCCGGGCCCGGUGUUCGUCACCCGGCGGGGCUGUCGCGAUAGAGAGAGCGGCCCCAGGGGAGAGGCUCCCAGCCGCCACCCGCGUGCGCGGCCUUUGGCUGUCACACGGGGUCACACGGCAGGACUGUCACCACAAGGUCGGGGCUGUCCCGCCCGCCCUGCCAGCGCUGCUGUGACACAAGCGUGUCCUCGAAGCCAUCGCAGGCACGGCUGUCUCGACAGGAGCGGUCCCUGUGUCCCCGGGCCGGCCCCGUCCCCACGUCGCGCCGGUGGCGGCGGUGCCGGCCCGCGCCCCGGAGCCGGAGCCCGGGAUGGAGCCGGGCAUGGAUCCGGCCGGGGCGUUCCCGGUGCUGGAGCGGGAGCUGCGGGCGGCGCUGGCGGAGGACGAGCGGCGGCAGCGGGAGGGCGAGGCCAAGCUGCGGGCGCUGCGCCAGGGCGUCCCCGACUACGGCCAGUUCAGGGAGAUUGUGCUGGCUUCUCACCUGAAGCCUCUGGAGAAGAAGGACAGGCUGGGACAGAGGAGGAAUGUGCUGUGGAAUCCCUGUGCAGCCCCAGCUGAGACAGCACCUGCCUGCACUGUGGAGAUCCUGCAGGAGCUGGAUCAGCUGCCUGACACCGCUGCGGAAUUUCACCGAGAUUGGCGCAGGUGCUUGAAAAGUGGGACACAGAAAUACCAGUUUUUGCUGGAGCUCGGAGGGGAGGCCUUGGGCAGGAUCUUCCAGGCUGAUGUGGGCUUUGGCCUCCUGGGGGAAUUCCUGACGGUGCUGGCAGAGAACAUCCAUCCUGGAGACAGAGCUGCCAUCCUUCAGAUCCUGCAGAGCCUGGCGGGCACCAAGCGCUUCGGGCUGAACGUGGCUCUCCUGAGCCAGGCAGAGAAGGAGAGCGGCCAGGAUUUGUUCAGGAAGCUGCAGAGCAGGGAUUGGCAGGCUGCUGGCCAGCCUGGCUGCCUGGCCAGCUGUGGGGCAGGGAGGGAAGCCCAUCCCAUGGAGACCCACUUGGAAAAGGAAGCUGAGGAGGAGAGGGCGGUGGUGGAGCUGAUGAAGUGUUACCAGGUCAGCUGAGAGAGCAGGAGCACCAGGACUGAGCAGAGACCUCAAAGCUUGGCUUUGGCAUCACCUGGGCACGAGCUGUGCACAAUAAACUGUAGCUCCCAGGCUGUGGUGCUGUGGUCUCUGAGCAGGGUGUCCUCACAGAUGGGGGUGGGAGAGUCUCUUGGGCAAGGAGAAAACCAAGGGGAAGAAAACAGGGUGGUAGUUUUGAAGGAGAAACCCAAACCCAGAUAGUCCAUUUCCUCUUCCCCUGUCCACGGUUACUGAGGGGUUUUGGGAGGUGUAAUCAAUGGCAAUAGCUGUCAGGUCUGUUUUUUCCCAAACCCAGUGCAGCAAAUCCCAGAGUCACUCCAGCAGACUGGAAACACCUACUCCCACCUGCUCUGGAGAAACCACCAGGCACCCGAUGGAGGGUCCAGGUUCAUCCCUGAGGCCUGGCAUGGGAAUAUUGACCUUUGUGGCACCACUUGAGGAGACAUGUGUGUCCCUGCAUGCUGCUGUGGUGCCAUUCCUCCUGCCUUUGCACGCCUGACAGCAGCUGAACGCUGAAGACUUCAACAGAAGAAGAUCCUGAAGCUACCCAAGAUUGGGAUGGAGGGUUUUGAUGCCAGAGCAGCCCCAGCACAACAGUCACAGCCCUGGUGGGGACAGGCACGCUGCUUGAGUGGUGCCAAGGCUCAGGGUGAGGAUGGCAAGGCUGGGAGCAGUCUGCUGCAUCCCCAGCUCCUGGGAAAGGCAAAAUCCCUGGGGUUUGGUGGGAAGACUUGGGAGAAAUGCAGUGGAGCAGAGAAUGUGGGAAUGGUGACAGAGGGUGGGGCUGUGGGACCCACUGGGGCCCAUUCCAGGUCUGCCAGCUCAUGGUGGGACCUGAGCUGCUGGGAGCUGAGCUGAGGGGCCAGCUGGGGUCCAUGGAAACGUGAGCAUCAUCA